UCUAUUGUGUGCACUGGCCCGGAAUCAGAGGAUUGCCAGGCAAAUAUUUUGGAAACACAAAAGCAUUUUUGGUUUUUGUUGUGUUAUUUGUUUUGUAGAUUUAAAACCCCUUUGUCCUUGAGGCCUGUGCCAAAACAACAAUCAGAGAGAGAGCAGCUGAUUGUUUCUGGACGGGCUAUUAUUCUCGCUCCUGUCGCGCUUUUCCUUUUUUGGAGGGUGUGAGGCAAGUAUAAAGAAGACCACGUCGCCGAAUGUCCUGCAUACAUUACUUUUGGGUCACUCAGGCCUUAUAAGAAGCCACUUUAUCCUCUGGAAACUCUUUAGAAGCAGCGAUGGGUGACGCUGAGAUGGCAGUGUUCGGGCCCGCCGCCCCUUACUUGCGGAAGUCCGAUAAGGAGCGUCUGGAGGCGCAGACCAAGCCCUUCGACAUGAAGAAGGAGUGCUUCGUACCCGAUACCGUGGAGGAGUUUGUCAAAGCCACGAUCAGCAGCCGCGACGGUGACAAAGUCACCGCUGAGACCUACCAUGGCAAGACUGUGACAGUGAAGGACACUCUGGUUCUGCAACAGAACCCGCCUAAGUUCGAUAAAAUUGAGGACAUGGCCAUGCUCACCUUCCUGCACGAGCCCGCUGUGCUGUAUAACCUCAAAGAGCGUUACGCAGCCUGGAUGAUCUACACCUACUCUGGGCUGUUCUGUGUGACAGUGAACCCCUACAAAUGGCUGCCUGUGUACAAUGCAGAUGUGGUCAAUGCAUAUCGAGGCAAGAAGAGGUCUGAGGCUCCCCCUCACAUCUUCUCCAUCUCUGACAACGCCUAUCAGUACAUGCUGACAGACAGAGAAAACCAGUCUAUCCUGAUUACUGGAGAAUCCGGUGCUGGGAAGACUGUGAACACCAAGAGAGUCAUCCAGUAUUUUGCCAGCAUUGCUGCAGUCAAGAAAGAUGCAGUCACCCCUUCCAAGGGGACCCUGGAGGAUCAAAUCAUCCAGGCCAACCCAGCAUUGGAGGCUUUCGGUAACGCCAAGACCUUGAGGAAUGACAACUCAUCACGUUUUGGUAAAUUCAUCCGAAUCCACUUUGGCACUUCUGGGAAACUGGCGUCAGCAGACAUUGAGACCUACCUCCUGGAGAAGUCUCGUGUGGUCUUUCAGCUCAAGGCUGAGAGAGACUAUCACAUCUUCUACCAGAUCCUGUCCAACAAGAAGCCAGAGCUGCUGGAAAUGCUGCUGAUCACCAACAACCCCUACGACUAUGCUUUCAUCUCCCAAGGAGAGACUACUGUGGCCUCCAUCGACGAUGCUGAUGAGCUGAUGGCCACUGAUAAUGCCUUUGACGUGCUUGGCUUCACUCAGGACGAGAAGAACUCUGUGUACAAGCUGACCGGCGCGAUCAUGCACUUCGGCAACAUGAAGUUCAAGAUGAAGCAGAGAGAGGAGCAGGCAGAGCAAGAUGGCACUGAAGAGGCUGACAAGGCUGCCUACCUGAUGGGGCUGAACUCUGCUGACCUCCUGAAAGCACUGUGUCACCCCAGAGUCAAAGUAGGGAAUGAGUGGGUCACCAAGGGACAAACUGUGCAACAGGUGAACUACUCCGUUGGUGCACUGGCCAAGUCAGUGUAUGAGAAAAUGUUCAACUGGAUGGUGGUGAGAAUCAACCAGACCUUAGAGACCAGGCAGGCUCGCCAGUACUUCAUUGGUGUGCUGGACAUUGCUGGCUUUGAGAUUUUUGAUUUCAACAGCUUUGAGCAGCUGUGCAUCAACUUCACCAACGAGAAGCUGCAGCAGUUCUUCAACCACCACAUGUUUGUGCUGGAGCAGGAGGAAUAUAAGAAGGAGGGCAUCGAGUGGGUGUUCAUUGACUUUGGCAUGGACCUGCAGGCCUGCAUCGACCUCAUUGAGAAGCCAAUGGGUAUCAUGUCCAUCCUUGAAGAGGAGUGCAUGUUCCCCAAGGCCAGUGACAUGACCUUCAAAGCCAAGCUGUACGACAACCAUCUGGGCAAAUCCGCAAACUUCCAAAAGCCCAGGAUCGUCAAAGGAAAGCCAGAGGCUCACUUUGCCUUGGGCCACUAUGCUGGCAUUGUAGAUUACAACAUCAUAAACUGGCUGAUGAAGAACAAGGACCCUCUGAAUGAGACUGUGGUCGGGCUCUACCAGAAGUCUGCCCUCAAGCUUCUCGCCACCCUCUUUGCCAACUAUGCUGGAGCUGAGUCUGCAAUGCAAGAGGGGGAUAAAAAGAAGGGGACAAAGAAGAAGGGAUCUUCCUUCCAGACUGUGUCUGCUCUCCACAGGGAAAAUCUGAACAAGCUGAUGACCAACCUGAGGUCAACACAUCCUCACUUUGUGCGCUGCAUCAUCCCUAAUGAGACCAAGACUCCGGGUGCGAUGGAAAACCCUCUGGUGAUGCACCAGCUCCGCUGUAACGGUGUGCUGGAAGGCAUCAGAAUCUGCAGGAAGGGCUUCCCCAACAGGAUCCUGUACGGAGACUUCAAACAGAGAUACCGUAUCCUGAACCCUUCUGCCAUCCCAGAGGGCCAGUUUAUAGACAGCAAGAAGGGAUCUGAGAAACUGCUGGGAUCCCUGGAAAUUGAUCACACCCAGUACAGAUUUGGACACACAAAGGUGUUCUUCAAGGCUGGUCUCCUGGGUCAGCUGGAAGAGAUGAGAGAUGAGCGCUUGGCUCGCAUCAUCACCCGAAUCCAAGCCCAGUCUCGCGGUCUUCUCUCAAGAAUUGAGUACCAGAAGAUGGUUGAGCGCAGAGACGCUCUGCUGGUAAUCCAGUGGAACGUCCGUGCCUUUAUGGGUGUGAAGAACUGGCCCUGGAUGAAGCUCUUCUUCAAGAUCAAGCCCCUGCUGAAGAGCGCAGAGAAUGAGAAAGAGAUGGCCAACAUGAAGGAUGAGUUCCUGAAACUCAAGGAGGCUUACGCCAAGUCUGAGGCCCGCAGAAAGGAGCUGGAAGAGAAAAUGGUCUCUCUUCUCCAAGAGAAGAACGACCUGCAGCUGCAAGUCCAGACGGAACAAGACAAUCUUUGUGAUUCAGAGGAGAGGUGUGACCAGCUGAUCAAAAACAAGAUUCAACUGGAGGCGAAAACCAAAGAGCUGACAGAGAGGCUGGAGGAUGAGGAGGAGAUGAAUGGUGAGCUGACGGCCAAGAAGAGGAAGCUGGAGGACGAGUGCUCUGAGCUGAAGAAGGAUAUUGAUGAUCUGGAACUCACCCUGGCCAAAGUGGAGAAGGAGAAGCACGCCACUGAGAACAAGGUGAAGAACCUGACUGAGGAAAUGGCGGCUCUGGAUGAUAUCAUCGCCAGGCUGACCAAGGAGAAGAAGGCUUUGCAGGAGGCUCACCAGCAAACCCUGGACGACCUGCAGAAUGAGGAGGACAAAGUGAACACCCUGACCAAGGCCAAAGCCAAGCUGGAGCAGCAGGUCGACGAUCUUGAAGGCUCAUUGGAGCAAGAAAAGAAGGUGCGGAUGGACCUUGAAAGAGCCAAGAGGAAGCUGGAAGGAGACUUGAAGUUGACCCAGGAGAGCAUAAUGGACCUGGAGAAUGAUAAGCAGCAACUGGAUGAGCGGCUGAAGAAGAAAGACUUUGAGAUUAACCAGCUCACCAGUAAAAUUGAGGAUGAGCAGGCACUGUCAGCCCAGUACCAGAAGAAACUGAAGGAGCUUCAGGCCCGCAUUGAGGAGUUAGAGGAGGAGCUGGAGGCAGAGAGAGCUGCCCGUGCCAAGGUGGAGAAGCAGCGGGCAGACUUGUCCCGAGAGCUGGAGGAGCUCAGUGAGAGGCUGGAGGAGGCGGGCGGGGCCACCUCAGCCCAGAUCGAGAUGAACAAGAAGAGGGAGGCUGAGUUCCUCAAGCUGCGGCGAGACCUUGAAGAGGCCACCCUGCAGCAUGAAGCCACAUCCUCCACUCUCCGCAAGAAACAUGCCGAUAGCGUGGCUGAGCUUGGGGAGCAGAUUGACAACCUGCAGAGAGUCAAGCAGAAACUAGAGAAGGAAAAGAGCGAGUUCAAACUGGAGCUGGACGAUGUGGUCUCCAAUAUGGAGCAUGUCGCUAAAGCCAAGGCUAACUUGGAAAAGAUGUGCAGGACUCUGGAAGAUCAGAUGAAUGAAUACAGGACCAAGGCUGAAGAAGGUCAACGCACUAUCAAUGACUUUACAACACAGAAAGCUAAGUUGCAGACUGAGAAUGGUGAGCUUGCUAGACGUCUUGAAGAGAAGGAAUCUCUUGUCUCUCAGCUGACCAGAGGCAAGCAGUCCUACACUCAGCAGAUUGACGACCUCAAGAGACAACUGGAAGAGGAAGUAAAGGCAAAGAACGCACUUGGACAUGCAGUGCAGUCUGCCCGCCAUGACUCAGACCUCCUGAGGGAGCAGUAUGAGGAGGAGCAGGAGGCCAAGGCUGAGCUCCAGCGCAGUCUCUCCAAGGCUAACUCAGAGGUGGCACAGUGGAGAACCAAAUAUGAGACCGACGCCAUCCAGAGAACUGAGGAGCUUGAGGAGGCAAAGAAGAAGCUGGCUCAGAGGCUGCAGGAUGCAGAGGAAGCCGUCGAGGCUGUGAAUGCUAAAUGCUCCUCCCUGGAGAAGACCAAACACAGGCUGCAGAACGAGAUUGAAGAUCUCAUGGUGGAUCUGGAGAGGUCCAACGCAGCAGCCUCUGCUCUGGACAAGAAGCAGAGGAACUUUGACAAGGUCCUGAACGAGUGGAAGCAGAAGUUUGAAGAGUCGCAGAGUGAGCUGGAGGGCUCCCAGAAGGAGGCCAGGUCCCUGAGCACUGAACUCUUCAAGCUGAAGAACGCUUAUGAGGAGUCUCUGGACAAUCUGGAGACUCUGAAGAGGGAGAACAAGAACCUGCAAGAGGAAAUCUCUGACCUGACUGAGCAACUCGGUGAGGGAGGCAAGACCAUCCAUGAGCUGGAGAAGGCUAGGAAGCAGCUGGAGCAGGAGAAGUCUGAAAUACAGUCUGCUCUGGAGGAGGCUGAGGCCUCCCUGGAGCAUGAGGAAGGGAAGAUCCUGAGAGCUCAGCUGGAGUUUAACCAGGUGAAGGCUGAGAUUGAGCGCAAGCUGGCUGAGAAGGACGAGGAGAUGGAUCAGGCCAAGAGGAACUACCAGAGAGUGGUUGAAUCCCUGCAGACCUCGCUGGAGUCAGAGACCCGCAGCAGGAACGAGGCCCUCAGGCUGAAGAAGAAGAUGGAGGGAGACCUCAAUGAGAUGGAGAUCCAGCUGAGCCAGGCCAACAGGAUGGCUGCAGAGUCACAGAAGCAGCUCAAGAGCGUCCACGCCAACCUGAAGGAUGCUCAGCUCCAACUGGAUGACUCCCUGCGUGCCAAUGAUGACCUGAAGGAGAACAUUGCCAUAGUGGAGAGACGCAACAAUCUCCUGCUGGCUGAGCUGGAGGAGCUGAGGGUGGUGUUGGAGCAGACAGAGAGAGCCCGCAAGCUGGCUGAACAGGAGCUCCUGGACAUCAGUGAGAGGGUUCAACUGCUGCACUCACAGAACACCAGCCUGAUUAACCAGAAGAAGAAGCUGGAGAGCGACACGUCCCAGCUGCAGACAGAGGUGGAGGAAGCUGUGCAGGAGUGCAGGAACGCUGAGGAGAAAGCCAAGAAGGCCAUCACUGAUGCUGCCAUGAUGGCAGAGGAGCUGAAGAAGGAGCAGGACACCAGCGCUCACCUGGAGCGCAUGAAGAAGAACAUGGAGCAGACCAUCAAGGACCUGCAGCACCGUCUGGACGAGGCCGAGCAAAUCGCCAUGAAGGGCGGCAAGAAGCAGCUGCAAAAGCUUGAGGCCCGCGUGCGGGAGUUGGAGAAUGAGCUGGAAGGGGAGCAGAGGAAGAGCAGCGAUGCUGUGAAGGGAGUCAAGAAAUAUGAGAGACGCAUCAAAGAGCUGACCUACCAGACUGAGGAGGACCGUAAGAAUAUGGCCCGCCUGCAGGACCUGGUGGACAAGCUGCAGAUGAAGGUGAAGUCGUACAAGAGAACUGCCGAGGAGGCUGAGGAGAAUGCCAACACUAACCUGGGCAAGUUCCGGAAGCUGCAGCAUGAGCUGGACGAGGCUGAGGAGAGGGCUGAUAUCGCCGAAUCUCAGGUCAACAAGCUCCGUGCCAAGACCCGUGACAUCGGGGGCAAGAAAGGGCUGGAUGAAGAGUGAAGCUCUCAGACGGAACUUUCUGAAAAACUAUUGUCUGCUGUGGUUUAGUGUCCCUUCUGCCGUUUCUCUUCCCUUCCUGUACAUUCUGUAGAAAUAAAAGCAUUUGAAAAUGAA